AUGCAAGAUUAUCCUCAUUUUCUAGAGCAUAUUAAUGUUCGUUCAUCAGAUUACCUUCUUCCAUAUCUUCCUGUAACUUUCAUAAUCUCUUUUGCUGGUACAAUCAACUCCAGUCCAAUGCAGCAAAAAUUUAGAUAUCUUUCUCUUGGAGCUUUAUGCAAAUUUCUACCUGUUUCAGCUCUUGUUCUUUUCUUCUUUUACACAUUCUUGUAUAGCCAUUUUUGCAACCAAUCUUCAGCUGGCCUUUUCAGUACUCCCUUUGACCUCAAAUGGUCACCUUCAUCUACAAUUACUAGCGAUUCUCCAACCAAUAUUAGCCACAUUAGGUUUGUUUUAGUCGGUUGCUUAAGAACAUGGAAGUAUAGAAAACCAUACAUUGAAGCCUGGUGGCGACCAAAUGAAACUAUGGGUAAUAUUUUCUUGGAUUCACCUCCCACAAAAGAAUUUCUACCUUGGUCUUCAGCUUCUCCUCCUUAUCAGGUUAACGAAGACAUCACCAAAUUAAAAAUAUACUCCAAACUUGUGAACCCCGUCGAGGUUCGAAUCUACCGUUCAAUUUUAGAUACAUUUAGAUUGGGGGAUAACAAAAAUGUGAGAUGGUAUGUAAUGGCAGAUGAUGACACUCUUUUUUUUGUUGAUAAUUUAGUUGAGGUACUAGCAAAGUAUGAUCAUACCAAGUACUAUUAUAUUGGGACAAAUUCAGAGUCUGUCAAGUCCAACUAUGAUUUCUCUUUUGACAUGGCAUAUGGUGGAGCUGGCUAUGCUUUGAGCUACUCGCUCGUGGAAGCACUCGUACCGGUAAUGGAUAACUGUAUUGAGAGAUAUCCGCACUUAUAUGUCAGUGAUCAUCUAUCUUCUUCGUGUUCAGCUGAUUUAGGGGUUGGUUUAACUAUUGAAAAGGGUAUUCAUCAGAUUGAUUUAGUUGGCGAUAUAUCAGGCCUCUUAUCAUCUCACCCCCAGUCUCCUCUCAUCACACUUCACCAUUUUGACAGCGUAAACCCGAUCUUCCCCUCCAAGAACCGCUCCAAUGCAAUCAAUCAUCUGAUGGAAGCAGCAAAAAUCGAUCAAUCUCGUCUGCUACAACAGACAAUUUGCUACCACAGGCCAACCAACUGGUCCUUCUCCAUUUCAUGGGGAUACUCUGCUCACAUAUAUGAAAAUAUAAUCCCUCGGAGCGUUUUAAGAAAACCCCUCGAGACCUUUGCUCCUUGGAAAAAGGGUAGGCCUCCAUUCUACAUGUUCAACACCCGACCGCCUUCUAAUGAUCCAUGUGAAGCUCCUCACGUAUUCUUUAUGGAUUCCAUCAAGAAAAUGGAAAAUAAUCUGGUUCUUACUACCUAUAAUCGGACAUGGCCCCGAAACCUACAACCUUGUUCAUCAUCCGGCAACCAUUCUGCAGGUUCUGUCACCAAAAUUCAAGUUUUUUUGCAGGCAACAACGCGUAAAGAGGCUGGAAGAAUAGAAUGUUGCGAUGUUAAAUAUGUGACUGGCAUGAAUGUUGCCGACAUUAACUUGAGAGGUUGUCUGAAGGGUGAAAUUAUUGCAUAA